GAAGUAGCGACGGAAGUUACCUUUGCCUCAAAGACUGCUGGCGAUUUCGGCGGCCAUUUCUGUUGCUUAUUAAAUCUCCCCAAGAGCGGAACGGUACAUUACUAAGCGUAGGUUUGAACAGGCAGCCCGGGAUCAGCCAGAAGAAUGUCAGAUUUCUUGGAGAGUGAAGCUGAAGAAUCAGAUGAAGAGUAUGAUGUAGAUGGAGAAGUUCAGCCCAAAAAAUCUAAAAAAUUUGUUGAAGUUGAUGAUGAGGAAGAAGAGGAGGAGGAGAAUUUAGAAGAUCAGGAUGAGCAUGGCAAUCUUCGGGGAUUGAUUGAUGAUGAUGUUGAGGAGGAAGAGGAGGAGGAAGAAGAGGAUGAGGAAGAAGGCAGUGACUCUGGAGAUGAGGCUGGACAUCGUAAAAGAAAACGCAUCUUUGAUGAUCGACUGGACGAUGAUGAUAUUGACCUCAUUGAGGAAAAUUUGGGAGUAAAAGUAAAGAGGAAAAAAUUUCGUCGUGUUCUAAAAGUGUCUGAUGAUGAAGAUGAGGAAGAGGAGGAUGGACGUGAGGGUCAUGAAAAAGACCUGAUUGCGGAAGAGAUUUUCCAGGGAGAAGAAGGGGAUGAGGGCGAACAUAUCGAAGUUCCUGUCCAUGCUCCUGAAGAGGAUGAAGAGGAGGACACUGAAGAAUCUGAUAUUGAUGAUUUCAUAGUGGAUGAUGAUGGUCAACCUUUGAAAAGGCCAAAAUGGAGAAAAAAGCUUCCAGGAUAUACAGAUGCAGCUCUUCAAGAAGCCCAGGAAAUCUUCGGUGGUGACUUUGACUUUGAAGAAUUUGAAAAUGAAGCUUAUGAUGUAGAAGAGGAAGAGGAAGAAGAACCAGAUGAAGAGAGCUGGGAUCGACCUAAAAAACAAACCAAGAAGAGAGUUGGUCGGCGCAGUAUAUUUGAAAUUUAUGAACCAAGUGAGCUAGAGAGCAGCCAUCUUACUGACCAGGACAAUGAAAUCAGGGCCAAUGACAUACCUGAAAGGUUCCAGCUCAGAUCUAUACCUGUGCAUACGGCAGAGGAGGAGGAGCUAGAAGAAGAGGCUGAGUGGAUAUAUAGAAAUGCUUUUUCAACACCUACUAUUUCCAUUCAGGACAGCUUGGACUACCUGGAGCGAGGUUCUAGUGGCAGUAACUUCAGUAGGAAAGGCCCCAGUACUAUCCAGAAGAUCAAAGAAGCACUAAACUUCAUGAAGGUCCAACAGUUUGAGGUGCCAUUUAUUGCAUUCUAUAGAAAAGAGUAUGUUGAACCUGAACUCAACAUCAAUGAUCUAUGGAAAGUUUGGCAGUGGGAUGAAAAGUGGACUCAGCUGAAAACCCGUAAGCAAAACCUAAUGCGCUUAUUCCAGAAGAUGCAGGCAUAUCAGUUUGAGCAAAUUUCCGCAGAUCCAGACAAACCUCUAGCAGAUGGUAUCAGACCUCUGGACACUGCAGACAUCGAGAGAUUGAAAGAUGUUCAGUCUAUGGAUGAGCUUCGGGAUGUGUAUAACCAUUUCUUGCUGUAUUAUGGGCGGGACAUUCCUAAAAUGCAGAAUACUGCCAAAGCCAAUAAAAAGAAAUUAAAAAAAAUAAAAGAAAUUUCAGAAGAAGAUGGAGAACAAGAUGCUGAGGUAGAGGAACAAGAGGAAGAGGAGAACAAGGGUCCUGAUCUGAAGUUGGCUUCACGCAGGGAUAUGUACUGUAUAUGUCAGAGUGCAGGGCUGGAUGGUCUUGCCAAGAAGUUUGGUUUAACGCCAGAACAGUUUGGUGAAAAUCUCAGAGACAGUUACCAGCGUCAUGAAACUGAACAAUUUCCAGCUGAACCUCUUGAAUUGGCAAAGGAUUACAUUUGCAGUCAAUUUCCAACUGCAGAGGCAGUGCUGGAAGGGUCAAGGUACAUGGUAGCAAUGCAGAUAGCAAGAGAGCCUCUGGUCAGACAUGUAUUAAGACAGACAUUCCAGGAAAGAGCCAAAAUUAACAUCAAGCCCACAAAGAAAGGCAAAAAGGAUGUUGAUGAAGCCCACUAUGCUUAUGCUUUCAAGUAUUUGAAGAACAAACCUGUUAAGGAGCUUAGUGGUGACCAGUUUCUAAAAAUGUGCCAGGCAGAAGAUGAAAAACUCUUGGUUAUUGAAAUCUGUAUUGAUAUGAAAGGAGUAAAAGGGUAUGGAAGUGACCAGACUUAUUUUGAUGAGAUUAAACAGUUCUAUUAUCGUGAUGAGUUCAGCCACCAAGUACAAGAAUGGAACAAACAGCGCACUUUAGCCAUUGAGCGUGCCUUGAAACAAUUCAUCUAUCCUCAAAUGGCAAAAGAGCUAAGAAACAAACUCAUUGCAGAAGCAAAAGAAAGUAUCAUAAAGGGUUGUAGCCGGAAGUUAUAUAACUGGCUAAAGGUGGCCCCGUACCGUCCAGAUCAGCAGGUUGAAGAAGAUGAAGAUUUUAUGGAAGAAAAUCAAGGAAAGGGAAUCCGUGUGAUGGGAGUAGCCUAUGCCCCAGGCAGAGACACACCUGUAUUUUGCUCACUUAUUAAUGGUGAUGGCGAAGUGACCGAUUUCCUUCGUUUACCUUACUUUUUGAAAAGGAGAAAUGCUUGGCGCGAGGAGGAGAGAGAGAAGAAGAUUCAAGAUGUGGAAACUUUAAAAAAAUUUAUACUGAGUAAAAAGCCGCAUGUAGUUGCAGUUUCAGCUGAGAACCGGGAUGCUCAAAUGAUUGUGGAUGAUAUCAAGAGAACAGUAGCUGAGCUGGAACAAGAGCAACAAAUUCCACCUAUUGGUGUUGAACUUGUGGACAAUGAGCUUGCUGUGCUGUAUAUGAACAGCAAAAAAUCAGAGAAUGAUUUCAGGGACUAUCCUCCUUUACUAAGACAAGCAGUUUCAAUUGCUCGAAAAUUGCAGGAUCCCUUAGUUGAAUAUGCACAAGUCUGCAGUUCUGAUGAAGACAUCCUGUGUCUUAAGUUGCACCCUCUUCAGGAGCAUGUGGUGAAGGAGGACCUGCUCAGUGCUCUUCAGUGUGAAUUUAUUAAUAGGGUUAAUGAAGUUGGUGUUGAUGUUAACAGGGCAAUUGCUCACCCUUACACACAGAGCUUAGUUCAGUAUGUGUGUGGUCUGGGGCCUCGGAAAGGAUCACAUUUAUUGAAGAUUUUGAAACAAAACAACACCCGUCUGGAAAAUAGAACCCAGCUUGUGACAAUGUGCCAUAUGGGACCAAAAGUGUUUAUCAACUGUGCUGGUUUUAUAAAGAUAGAUACAGCUUCCCUCGGAGACAGCACAGAUUCAUACAUUGAGGUGCUAGAUGGCUCUAGAGUCCAUCCAGAAACAUAUGAGUGGGCCCGAAAGAUGGCAGUUGAUGCUCUGGAGUAUGAUGAAUCAGCAGAGGAUGCUAACCCAGCUGGUGCUUUAGAGGAGAUCCUGGAAAAUCCAGACAGACUUAAGGAUCUGGAUUUGGAUGCUUUUGCCGAGGAACUAGAAAGACAGGGCUAUGGCAACAAAGGAAUAACACUUUAUGAUAUCCGUGCUGAGCUAAGCUGCAGGUACAAGGAUCUUCGAGUUCUUUACCGACACCCAAAUAAAGAGGAAGUCUUCAACCUGUUAACAAAGGAAACACCUGAAACCUUUUAUAUUGGUAAACUAAUCACCAGUGUUGUGACUGGAAUAGCCCACAGGCGGCCUCAAGGAGAAAGCUAUGACCAAGCUAUUCGAAAUGAACAAACUGGCCUAUGGCAGUGCCCUUUUUGCCACCAGGAUAAUUUUCCCGAACUCAGUGAGGUCUGGAAUCAUUUUGAUAGUGGCUCAUGUCCCGGUCAGGCCAUUGGAGUCCGUACUCGCCUUGACAAUGGUGUUUCUGGAUUCAUACCAACAAAAUUUCUUAGUGAUAAAACAGUGAAACACCCAGAAGAGAGAGUGAAGGUUGGGAUGACAGUUCACUGCAGAAUAAUGAAAAUAGACAUUGAGAAAUUUAGUGUGGAUCUUACCUGUAGGACUUCAGACUUGAUGGACAAAAACAAUGAAUGGAAACUUCCCAAGGACACACAUUACGACUUUGAUGCGGAAGCUGAAGAUCUUAAACUUGAUGAGGAGACAAAAAAGAAACAGCAGAGAACAACCUAUAUUAAGAGAGUUAUUGCUCAUCCGUCUUUCCACAAUAUUAACUUUAAGCAAGCUGAAAAAAUGAUGGAAACAAUGGAUCAAGGAGAUGUUAUUAUUCGGCCAAGCAGUAAGGGAGAGAAUCACUUGACAGUUACAUGGAAAGUGGCAGAUGGUAUUUAUCAACAUGUGGAUGUUCGGGAAGAAGGCAAAGAGAAUGCUUUCAGCUUGGGUCAUACAUUGUGGAUAAACAAUGAGGAGUUUGAAGAUCUAGAUGAAAUUACUGCCCGCUAUGUACAGCCAAUGGCUUCCUUUGCACGGGAUCUUCUUAGCCAUAAGUAUUUUAAUGAAUGUAAUGGUGGUGAUAAAAAGAAAAUGGAGGAACUCUUGAUAAAAACCAAAAAGGAAAAGCCUACAUUUAUUCCAUAUUUUGUAUCUGCAUGCAAGGAUUUCCCUGGGAAAUUCAUCCUGGGUUAUCAGCCUCGUGGAAAACCAAGGGUUGAAUUUGUAACAGUCACUCCUGAAGGCUUCAGGUAUCGCUCACAAAUUUUCCCAACAGUAAAUGGACUGUUCCGCUGGUUCAAAGAUCAUUACCAAGAUCCAGUUCCAGGCAUUACUCCUAGUAGCAGCAGUAGAACACGAACUCCAGCAUCUAUUGGAACAACUCCAGCCAAUAUCAACAUUGCAGAUUUGACCCGAGCUGUGAAUGCUCUUCCUCAGAACAUGACAUCUCAAAUGUUCAGUGCUAUUGCAGCCGUAACCGGACAUGGUCAGAACUCCAACUCUACUCCAGCUCAGUGGGCGUCCAGUCAAUAUGGAUACAGUGGCAGUGGUGGUGGUAGCAGUGCUUAUCAUGUGUUUGCUACUCCAGCUCAGCAGCCUGUGGCUACACCACUGAUGACACCUAGCUACUCCUACACCACACCUAGUCAGCAGGCAAUGACAACACCUCAGUACCCCAGCAGUGCUACCCCUCAGUCCUCACAGGGGCAUGCUUCAUCAUCAUCAUCUUCAACAAGACAAAGACAGCAGCCCAAAACAACCAGUCAUACAGCCGUGGACUGGGGAAAGAUGGCCGAACAAUGGUUACAGGAGAAAGAAGCAGAGAGGAGGAAGCAGAAAGCUCGAUUAACUCCACGUCCUUCUCCAAGCCCCAUGAUAGAGAGCACACCUAUGUCCAUUGCAGGAGAUGCCACACCUUUAUUGGAUGAAAUGGACCGGUAGACACAAAUCAAGGGAUUUAUCUACUGAACUUGGACAAUAUCAUUGGUGGUUUUGUUAUGGAUUUUAGCACUCAAGACAUUUUUGCUUUUGAGAUGGUGGUCCAGCAGGCUACUGAUGUUCAAGACUGUUAAAGUAAAAUGAAUACAUCGGUGAAUAGCAUGCUGGCCUCAGGCAUAUGGACCUGUGAAUUUCAUUGGACUAAAUGGCUGUUGAGGUUUAUUUUUAAGAGAGCCAAUUUUUUUAAAUGAAAAUGUAAAAUUCCUAAAGUGUCACAGUAAUUAACACUUUGCAAUGUAAUGCACACCGUUACAAUGCUGCAUCCUGAUAUACACGCCACUGAACUUUCAAGAUGAAGUUGCUGGUUCCUGUGCACAGUGUAAGCAGUGCUUGAAUCACUUGCUGGAAUAUGCAUGCAUGCGUCUUGAUAAAGCAGUCAAUUUCAGAGAAACAUUUGGGGAUAUUAAAUUCACUGGCCAUAUAAACUUUCUAAAAUUGUUUCUCCUAUUGCAGUUGGUCAUUUGUGUUUUCUACUGAUCUUCACCAAACUGGAAUGAUGCAGGAUCUUUAGUGCUUUUUUGGCUUCUGGGGAGCAUGAUUAUUUUUUUUGUUUCCUUCUUUUCGUGAUGAAAACAUGCACUCUUUGCCCUAGACACAUUUUAAUUUAUAAACUCUGAACUCAUUUUAUUUUGUGUCUUGGUCUGUUUCAGUUUAACAUUCAAGGUUCAGGAGAGUAAUAAAGGAUGUUCAGCACUGUAUACAGCAUUCCGAAUUAUAAGGUUUAUACAGUUAUCAAACUUUCUUGCAGAAGUUUUGCAGUGUUUUCUUUGUAAUUUGUGGCCAUCAUGACAAUUGUCUUCUCAUAUUUGAAUCAUCCUAUUACUUGGAUUUUUGAAAUUUCCCCCUAUCUUGCUAGACCAAAUGUCCAUUAUUUUUUUUCAUCAAGCUGUUUCACUUUUAUGAA